CUAAGUGCCAAUCUGAGGCACAUCCGUGUUUUUGAGAUGGAUGUGGAAGAUGAGGACGAUGAGGGAAUCGACUCGCAUAAUGUCAGUGCUGACCAAGACGGGUUGGAAACCACUGUAAUCAGCCAGGGGCCAGCAGAGGAGAGUGUGGAGUCUGAGGAAGAAGCUACAGAGCAAGAAAGAGAUGUGUUUCAAAAAACUGUGGAGCAUCUCAAGUCUGAGGAAGCUCUCUAACUCUUGUUUGACUCAAACUAAAACAACCCCCACCCCCCAGCUUCAGUUAUGUUGAAUUUUCUUUGUACUUAUAAAACAGUUGACACUGACUUGUUGUGAGAUGACAGUUCAACCAUAACUUUAUUGCUCUAUAAAGAAUGAAGUGUUUUGUA